GAUUGAUCUGGCAUCCGUCCGUGCCGGUCCUGCGUUCGCGCCGAUCGCUCAAGCCGCUGCAUCCACACCCCUGUGCUGGCUGCCCUCUGCCGUGCCCAAACCCCGCGCAUACCGCCGAUCGUAUCUCUGAAUGCAGAUGCUGGCCGGACAGUACCGCCCGCAGCUCGUCCAGAGCACCUCCACGCUCUCGGAUGCCGAGCCCAUCGUUCGCGACGUCUCGGAUGCGAUCCUCCACUUUGAGGAAAAGCUUCGGCAGGACAGAUUCGAGGAUCUGUAUGAACAGCUCAAGAAGAGCCCGCCGGCCGAAGACCGGGCCAAGACCGGCUAUGGCCUCGAAAAAAAAAUCUCAUUCAAGCUGCUGGAGAAGGAAGUCUCGUAUCCUCUACCCAAGAUUCUCUACGAUGAAUACGAUGGCCUCAAGUACCGCAGCUUCAUGGGGCUCUUUCCCGAACUCCGGAGGGCGUGGAUGACCAUCGACACCAAGCUCUACAUCUGGAACUACGAAGACGAGAGCGAAAUCUACGUUCUGGGCGAGGAGCAGGAUCAGAUCAUCACCAGCGUGUGUUUGGCCAAGCCUGUCGCUGGCGUCUUUGUCGAGCAAAUCGAGUAUCUCAUCGUGGUUGCGACCCCGAUCGAAAUCACCCUGUACGGUGUCGCCUACAGCGAUGCCAGCAAGGGCCUCAGCGGUGGCCUGAGCAUCUAUCCGACCCAGAUGAGUGCCCCCUCGGACAGCGUCACGAUGACGGCGCUGACCGCAACUCGACACGGCCGAAUAUUCGCCUGCGGUGCCAACGGCUGUCUUUACGAGCUCCAAUACCAGGCUGAAGAGGGCUGGUUCACCCGCAAGUUUCGGAAACUGAACCACUCCAAGUCGACGCUCUCCUUCUUUGUGCCAACGCUGUUUGGCUAUCAGUCAGAUGAUCCGAUCGAAAAAAUCGCAUGCGAUGACUCGCGCAAUCUGAUCUACACCCUCACGAGCUCGUCGCAGAUUGAGGUUUCCUAUCUCGGCGACAACGGACUUGCGGCCCCCAAGCGAUACAAGUGCUCGAAUAUCUAUCUCUCUGCUCAGCGCCUGCUGGACAAAUACCCCAAUUCAUCAUCGCUGGACCAGCAGUCGUUCAAGAUCUUUUCAAUCCACCCGCUCUCGUCCUCGGAGUCGAAAACAAUCCACCUGCUCGCUGUGACAACCACCGGCGUCCGGCUCUACUUUACCACCCGUUCCGAUGUCAAUUCCUUCGCGGACAUCUCCAAGUACAGCGGUCCCACCGAGCUUCGGCUGUUGGCCGUGCGCCCUCCUCCCACGCCUCUUCCGACUUCGCCCAUCCCGUUGUCGCACUACCACGUCUCGACGUACUCCAACGGCGUCUUUGUGGCUGCCGAGACCAGCAGCGGCAACGAUGGAAGCGCCGAUGUGAUCACCACCGUCUGUCCCGAUCCAGGCGUGGUCACACGGAGCAACCGACGGAACUGGAGCGAGCAGUUCAAGACCACCAAUGUCAGCUCCAGGAUCUGGGCAAUCCAUGAGCUGCCCAGUCGGUUCUUCGAGUACACCAUCAAGGCCAAGGAGGGAGCCGGCAUGGAUUCUCAGGGCAGCGUGGCUGAUUUCCAGCUGCGCCCGACCGAGGAUGCAGGCUUGCUCUUGAACGAGUUUGCGACACAAAUGGCCUACCCACAACGCAAGUACCUGGUCUUGACGAACGAGGGCGUGUCGAUCUACGUCAAGCUUCGGCCGAUCGACAUCCUGCAGCGCCUGCUCAUGGAGACCAUGGGCCCGCACAACAUUCAUGAGCUGCUGACGGCUCUCUUUACCGACUGUGGGCAUGAGCAAGCCGCGGCCAUGUGUCUUGCCAUUGCCUGCUCCCACCCGUGCGUCAUGGAUGGCCUGCGAACGGCCUCGCGACAUUCGAACGUGACCGCCGCCGCCGCCCACUUGUAUGCCGACCUCAAGACACCCCACCCGGCCGGACCCGAGCCCAACCAAUCUAUGCGGGUGGAUCCAAACCGCCUUGGCACUGUCGUGCCGCGCCACGGCAGCUCCACGCCUCGCUCCGAUCGCUACAACGGCCUGGCUCUCUACGUUGCGCGUCUCCUCAAGCCCAUCUGGGAAGAAAAGAUCUUCAAGAAGCGCCCGAGCGCCGUGCCCAGCAACAUCGCGUAUUCAUCCAACGUCUCGGUCGCAGAUCUGUCGACGGUCCAGCGCAACCUCCAGAGCCUCCAUCGGUUCUUGGCCGAGUACCCAGGACUGAUGCCCAACCGGGACCAGUCCACGCUCAUCCAGAACGAUCUGCUGGGUGCCAACGAGGCUCUCAUGGCCGAGCGCGAGAUGAUGCUCUCGAUGUCAAAGUUUGUGAAGCUGUGUAUCGAAGGAACGACUCUGAUCUUGCUCCUGAACGACCACAAUCUCGAGAACGUGAUGAAGACCGUCAGCAAGGACGAGAAGCAGAGCCUUGGAAACCUGACCUACCAGGGGCUGAUAUCGGGCGUCAAUGGACUCACCGUGAUCAAGCACGCCAUCCGCGGGCUCAUCAACUACCAGAUCGACCAGCAGACCGACAUUGAAAUCAUCUGCAGCACGCUCCUGGAAACCUGCCCGAGCUUUUACAACGUCAACGACUUUAUUCUCAACAAGGCUGCCGACAAAAUCCAGAGCGUCUCCAAAGGCCAGGCGAGCCACACGAUCUCCAGGAACGAGAGCCUGCACCUUCUCGGCGAGUCUCUGAAGCUGCUGUCCAGCGUCGUCGACAAGAUCCCCGAUUCCGACCUCGACAGCGUCUGCGAUAUGUACAUCAAGCUGCGCUACUACACGGGUGCCAUCGAGCUGUGGUUCCAGUACAUCCAGCGUAACUUCCCAGUAUUGCUGGAUGGCAACCUGGACCAGCGCCUCCAUGUCUAUGGCAAGAUCACGCACAUCAUCCAGUCGGCCUUUGACGAAUUCGACAAUGAUAUGAACGUCGAUAUUGAGGACAGUUCUGACCCCGAAAACCGCAUCAACAGCACCCUGGAGGUCGCCCUCGCCACACAAGACAACUCGUUCCAUGACUACCUCUACGACUGGUUCUUCAGAACAGGACGACACGAGUAUUUGCUGCAGAUCAAGACGCAGCAACUUGAGCGCUAUCUGCGUCGCGGUGCCACCGUCAGUGGCCCUGAAGGAACUGUUAAAGCCGAUCUGCUUUGGAAGUACUAUGUCCGCACCGAACAGCAUGCCAAGGCCGCCAAGAUUCUCGAGCUGAUGGCCGAAACUGAUCGCAACUUCAACCCCCAGCUCGAUCUGGCCAAGCGCAUCGAGUACCUGUCCCGUGCCCUAGGCUGUGCCAAGAGCUCGGGCAACUCGGAGAUGAUCUUCAAGCUGGAGGAAAAGUUUGAGGUCGCCGAGGUCCAGAUGGAACUGUUCUCGGCGAUCCAGGGCAUGGGAGGCUUUGCCGAGCGCCACGAGGCUCUGCAGCUCCUGAACGAUCGGCUGCUGGACUGCCAGGAGAUGUAUGACGAUUACGCCACUCCUCUGGAGCUGUAUGAUCUGCGACUGCUCAUCUUGAACGCCGCCGGCCACAAGGACCUCGAAGUUGUCUGCGAUAUUUGGCGAGCGAUCAUCAUUAAGCUGCGCCAAGAGAACGGUGGCAACUGGCAAGGUGCCAUCCUGUCCAAGGUCGCCGACCUGGGCAGCCGACUCUACCCCAACGAGAACGUAUUCCCGCUCCGAUUCCUUUGCAAUCUCCUGGAGACGCUCGCGAUCCCCCAGGAUAUCAACGAUCCAGACUCGGUCGACCCCGGUUGGGUGAUUGAGAUGAUGCUGGCCGCGCAGGUGUCCCACGAGACCCUGUUCCAAACCCUCGAUAGCAUCUUCGUCCUCAGGGCGGAUCCCUGGACUGAUCCCACGGCCCAGACCGUUCUCAUCCGCGACAUUGGGUACCUGUUGACGAAGUGGCUCGACCGCAUCGCUGCCGGCGACAGCAAGGAUCAGUUCCCAGCCAAGUCGGUGGACGAAGCGAUUGCUGUGUAUUUAAUGAAUGUAGCCGAUGUCGAGGUUGUGGCGAGCCUGCGACUGAUCCAGGAGCGGAUCCGCGCAAACUAUGCCUGAGCUCCUUCGGCCUUGGACUUGCGCCGAGCCCUCAUUCUGAUGCUUGAUGCUCCCCGACAAGCUCUCAGCGACAUUCGAAUAGUCUCCCCUUGCCCCCUCCAUGUCCCCUCCCCUCCCCUCCCACCAAUGCGAAAUACAGCUCUUGAACGCUCCAGCGCUAAACA